AUGAUUGGGCUGCUGCGUUGUCUGGAGGCAGAGGAUCAAGAGAAAUCUCUGCUUGAGGCUGCAUUUGCAGCUGUCCUUAUAGUACUUUUGCCUGUGAUUCUACAGUGUCAGUCUGGAAAGGCAUGCCUUGGCAUCGAACUCUACACAAUAUUGACCGUAGAAUCAAUUUCAGGAGAGGAAAUAAUGAGUUGCCUUAAUCUGAAAUGUGAACAUGAAGCUCUUGAAGUCAUUAACAGAUUGGAAACUGCAAUGCUUGCGUGGAAAGAGAAAAUCACGGAGCAAGAAAGUGGUAAAUCUCCUGUUCGAACAUCUUGGUCUUUCGUGAAAGAUCCAAAUUCGGAGCUGGAUAAGGCAGAGUCGUUGGUGAACCGAGCAGAAAUACUUCUGCAGCUGCUAAAGACCAAGUAUGCCAAUCUUCCUCAGAGCUUCCUUGAUGUUACGAAAGUUCAAAACGGAAAGGUAAGUUGUUCGUUACUGCUAUGCGCUACUUGA